AUGGCUAAUUGUAGAAAUCGGAGUUACCAACAACCAAAUCAACCGCAAUUUAAUAAUUAUAAUUCAAAUCAUACCCGCAGAAAUAACCAAAACUAUAACAAUCGCGGAGAUUAUAACCAAAAUUUUUACAAAAACGGAAAUUAUCAAAAUAACUAUAGGAACCAAAAUAAUAACAGAAAUGGAAACUGGAAUAAUCGAAAUUCCCAAAAUAAUCAAAACAAAUACAAUGAAAGAGGAAAUUUCAGAAAUAGACAAAGCCACUCUCCAAAAAGAAGAGAAUCCAUCCUCCCGAAAUAA